GCGGCUGCUCUACGGCCCGGGGCCCCGGGCGGGCGGAGGUGGCGGCUCCCGGGACCGGCCGCGCGCAAUGAUGUUGUCCACUGGGCAUGUACUGACCAAUGUGGCAGGUCUGAGAACAUAGCUGAAGCUGACAAUAGGAAAGCUGGGGGCAAGGAAGAGCCUUGAAUCUUGAGGUGGGACGUUGACUCUAAGAUGUCCUUGAGCAGUGGAGCCUCCGGAGGGAAAGGAGUGGAUGCAAACCCGGUUGAGACAUACGACAGUGGGGAUGAAUGGGACAUUGGAGUAGGGAAUCUCAUCAUUGACCUGGACGCCGAUCUGGAAAAGGACCAGCAGAAACUGGAAAUGUCAGGCUCAAAGGAGGUGGGGAUACCGGCUCCCAAUGCUGUGGCCACACUACCAGACAACAUCAAGUUUGUGACCCCAGUGCCAGGUCCUCAAGGGAAGGAAGGCAAAUCAAAAUCCAAGAGGAAUAAGAGUGGCAAAGACACUAGCAAACCCACUCCAGGGACUUCCCUGUUCACUCCAAGUGAGGGGGCAGCUAGCAAGAAAGAGGUGCAGGGACGCUCAGGAGAUGGUGCCAGUGCAGGAGGCCUGGUUGCUGCUAUUGCUCCCAAGGGCUCAGAGAAGGUGGCCAAGGCAUCCCGCAGUGUAGCCGGCUCCAAAAAGGAAAAGGAGAACAGCUCAUCUAAGAGCAAGAAGGAGAGAAGCGAAGGAGUGGGGACUUGUUCAGAAAAGGAUCCUGGGGUCCUCCAGCCAGUCCCCUUGGGAGGACGGGGUGGUCAGUAUGAUGGAAGUGCAGGGGUGGAUACAGGAGCUGUGGAGCCACUUGGGAGUAUAGCUAUUGAGCCUGGGGCAGCGCUCAAUCCUUUGGGAGCUAAACCGGAGCCAGAGGAAGGGGAGAAUGAAUGUCGCCCGCUAAAGAAAGUCAAGUCCGAAAAGAUGGAGUCCCCUGUCUCCACGCCAGCAGUGCUGCCACUGCACCUUUUGGUGCCAGUGGUCAAUAAUGACAUCUCAUCUCCCUGUGAGCAGAUCAUGGUUCGUACCCGAUCAGUCGGGGUCAACACAUGUGAUGUGGCUCUAGCCACAGAGCCUGAGUGCCUGGGCCCCUGUGAACCUGGAACCAGCGUCAACCUCGAAGGCAUUGUGUGGCAGGAAACAGAAGAUGGAAUGUUAGUGGUAAAUGUAACAUGGAGGAACAAGACAUAUGUAGGUACACUUCUUGACUGCACACGGCAUGACUGGGCACCCCCAAGGUUCUGUGACUCCCCUACAAGUGACUUGGAAAUGCGUAACGGUCGGGGUAGAGGCAAACGCAUGCGUCCCAACAGUAACACACCUGUCAACGAGACAUCCACAGCCUCCGACAGCAAAGGAACCAGCAGCAGCAGCAAAACCCGGGCAGGGGCCAAUAGCAAAGGCCGUCGGGGCAGCCAGAAUUCUUCAGAGCAUCGCCCACCUGCCAGCAGCACUUCUGAGGAUGUCAAGGCCAGCCCUUCCUCAGCUAACAAGCGGAAAAACAAACCCCUUUCAGACAUGGAGCUGAAUUCUAGCUCGGAGGACUCCAAAGGGAGCAAACGUGUCCGUACGAAUUCUAUGGGCUCAGCCACUGGCCCCCUUCCUGGGACCAAGGUGGAACCCACUGUUCUGGACAGAAAUUGUCCCUCCCCAGUCCUGAUUGACUGUCCCCACCCAAACUGCAACAAGAAGUACAAGCACAUCAAUGGACUUAAGUACCACCAAGCUCAUGCCCACACAGAUGAUGACAGCAAGCCAGAAGCAGAUGGAGACAGUGAGUAUGGAGAGGAGCCCACCCUCCAUGCAGACCUCGGGAGCUGCAACGGUGCAUCUGUCGCACAAAAAGGUUCCUUGUCCCCUGCCCGCUCAGCUACCCCCAAAGUUCGCCUUGUAGAGCCCCAUAGCCCUUCUCCUUCAAGCAAAUUCAGCACAAAAGGCCUCUGUAAGAAAAAGUUGAGUGGGGAAGGGGACACAGAUCUCGGGGCCUUAUCCAAUGAUGGCUCUGAUGAUGGACCCUCAGUAAUGGAUGAAACAAGCAAUGAUGCCUUUGAUUCUUUGGAAAGGAAAUGUAUGGAAAAAGAAAAAUGUAAAAAACCCUCUAGUUUGAAACCUGAAAAGAUUCCUUCCAAGAGCUUAAAGUCAGCCCGGCCCAUUGCCCCUGCCAUCCCCCCACAGCAAAUCUACACCUUCCAGACAGCCACCUUCACGGCAGCAAGCCCAGGCUCCUCCUCAGGCCUGACCACCACAGUGGUCCAAGCCAUGCCCAACAGUCCCCAGCUCAAGCCCAUUCAGCCAAAGCCCACUGUUAUGGGAGAACCUUUCACAGUCAACCCUGCCUUGACUCCAGCCAAGGACAAGAAAAAGAAAGACAAAAAAAAGAAGGAAUCCUCCAAGGAACUUGAAAGUCCUCUGACCCCUGGGAAGGUGUGUCGAGCAGAAGAAGGCAAAAGCCCAUUCAGGGAAUCAUCAGGAGAUGGGAUGAAAAUGGAGGGGCUCUUAAAUGGCUCGUCAGACCCCCACCAAAGCCGACUGGCUAGCAUCAAGGCUGAAGCUGACAAGAUCUACAGCUUCACAGACAAUGCCCCAAGCCCUUCCAUUGGAGGCGGUAGCCGCCUAGAUAGCACUACCCCAACCCAACCCCUGACUCCCUUACAUGUAGUGACCCAGAAUGGAGCUGAAGCCAGCUCAGUCAAAACCAACAGCCCUGCAUACUCGGACAUCUCUGAUGCCGGGGAGGACGGGGAGGGCAAGGUGGACAGUGUCAAAUCAAAGGACCCUGAACAGCUGGUUAAGGAAGGGGCUAAGAAAACUGUUUUCCCCCCUCAGCCGCAGAGCAAAGACUCACCGUACUACCAAGGCUUUGAGAGUUACUACUCUCCAAGUUACGCACAGUCCAGCCCAGGGGCUCUGAACCCCAGCGGCCAGGCAGGGGUGGAGAGCCAGGCCCUGAAGACAAAAAAGGAUGAGGAGCUGGAGAGCAUAGAGGGGAAAGCGAAGAACGACGUCUGUGAGGAGAAGAAAGCCGAGCUGAGCAGUUCCAGCCAGCAGCCUUCUGUCAUCCAGCAGCGUCCCAACAUGUACAUGCAGUCCCUGUACUAUAACCAGUACGCCUACGUGCCCCCCUACGGCUACAGCGACCAGAGUUACCACACCCACCUCCUGAGCACCAACACAGCAUACCGGCAGCAGUACGAAGAGCAGCAGAAGCGGCAGAGCUUAGAGCAGCAGCCGCGGGGACUGGACAAGAAGGCAGAGCUGGGCCUGAAGGAGCGGGAGGCAGCACUUAAGGAGGAAUGGAAGCAAAAACCGUCAAUUCCCCCAACUCUCACCAAAGCCCCCAGCCUGACAGACCUCGUGAAGUCAGGGCCCGGCAAAGCCAAGGAGCCAGGGGCUGACGCUGCCAAAUCAGUCAUCAUUCCCAAGUUAGAUGACUCUUCAAAACUCCCCAGCCAGGCCCCUGAAGGCCUUAAAGUGAAGCUGAGCGAGGCCAGCCACCUAGGCAAGGAGGCCUCUGAGGCCAAGACGGGCCCCGAGUGUGGCCGACAGGCAGAGGUGGAUCCAAUACUCUGGUACCGCCAGGAGGCAGAACCCCGGAUGUGGACGUAUGUUUAUCCUGCCAAGUACUCAGACAUCAAGUCAGAGGAUGAGCGGUGGAAAGAGGAGCGGGACCGCAAAUUGAAGGAGGAAAGGAGUCGGAGUAAGGACUCUGUCCCCAAGGAAGACGGGAAGGAAAGCACAAGUAGUGACUGCAAGCUGCCCACAUCUGAGGAGUCCCGUCUUGGGAGCAAGGAGCCCCGACCAAGCGUACAUGUGCCUGUGUCCUCUCCCCUCACCCAGCACCAGUCCUACAUCCCCUACAUGCACGGCUACUCCUACAGCCAGUCCUAUGACCCCAACCACCCCAGCUACCGCGGCAUGCCUGCUGUGAUGAUGCAAAACUACCCAGGUUCCUACUUGCCUUCCAGCUACUCUUUCUCCCCAUAUGGCAGCAAGGUCUCGGGUGGUGAGGAUGCUGACAAGGCACGAGCCAGCCCCAGUGUCAGUUGUAAAUCCAGCUCAGAGUCCAAAGCCUUGGACAUCCUGCAGCAGCAUGCCAGUCACUACAAGAGCAAGUCUCCCACGAACACCAAGUGCCCGGACAAAGUCAGCUUCACGGGCCCAGACUGGCUCACCCAAGGAGGUGCUGGAGGUGCCAUUUAGACAUCAGUUAAAUGGUGUUGAUCAUCCUGUUUGCCGUCCCCACCACAACUGAAGGCAGACCCUCAGCUGUCGCGCCUCCACCAGACCUCUGGACUCCCUGACCCUCCUUCUUCCGCAGGAGCUGGAGAGCUGGCACUUAGCAAAAAUAUUUAUUCUCUUGGCCACAGCCAUGACUGUUGUGGCUUCUGUGGAGAUGAAGGCACGGGGGGAAACUAGGGGAACAUGGCCUCAGCCCAGAGAAGUCACUGCUCUGUUCCCCAAGCCCCUGGCCCGCUGCCGGAGCAGUACCAACCCACCCCGACAGGGAGGGCGCCCCCACUGGGUAAGGUCUGAAGACAGCACAGCAGCCGUACCCCUCUCACCAUCAUCACACCGUCACCAGACUCUGCGUCUCCCCAGUGGUUUGCACCCUGGGGACUGGCAGCACGUGAGGAAUUAGAAUCUCAGGAAAGAAAUUGGGGGCUGUUUUCUACGUAAUUGUGAAAACAAGGUCUUCAAACGUGGAGACUUCUCCCCUUUUACAUGAGCACAUAUGAACGCUCAGAGCCUAGCCUGAAAGGGAAGACCAAGGCAUUUGCCCCACCGUGGCCUUGUGCUGCCUGUCAGGCAGAGGGCAGGGGCUCCAGCACCAGCACGGGGCUCCCAGGGCCCCUGGGAGGCAGCUGGCGCUGGAGCAUGAAUGGAGUCUGUGAAGUAGAACCUGCAUCCCACUAAGUCCUGCUGCUUCUUACCCCCCAACUCCUUGCCCUUUUCUCUUCCCUCCUGACCCCUUGGUGCCUUUCCCAGGGGGUUCCCCACACUGGUCUCACCUCUUUUUCACUGCUUGGCUCUUAAGACUCGGGCAGAUAAAAUAAUAUUCCCCGAGCAUGGGGAGCCUGCCAGGAGUCUGCCAGGUCACCUUAGGGCAAGGCCCAGAAGGCAGGCCCCAGGAGCACCCAGCAGUUCUUGGAGAUGUCCUGUCCAUUCAGCCAUCUGAGUAUCUUCCUCAUUUAGGGCCAUAAAUAUAUACAGUCCAAUUCCUCUAAGUACAUGAUUUUGUAUAGCUCCAUCUAUAUCCUCUGUGUGUGCCAAUAUAAGCUGUGUUUCUUUGUAACACACUUUUGUUUUGGGGGCGCCUGGCCAUGGGAAGUUAUUUGUUCUUCAGACCCUGGGUUAACACAUCCAAGCCGUUACUCGUCAGAGCAGAGAGUGUACUCAAGGGAGCUGUGCUUUGAGGCAGCAGACAUUUCUCUGCUCUCCUUCGACAGGCAGUCUCUCAAUUGAAGCUUUAUGCUUUUUGCACUGGGAAAGUGAUGAUGAUUUGGUAGCUUUAUUGGAGUCAUUUCUUCCCCAAGGUGUGGGGAGCUUUAGCUCUUACUUUAUUUUUGAGGUAUCAUCUCUUUGUUCUCCUCCCGCCCAUCUUUCUUUGACCCUCUGAAUUGAGAGAGAUAAAGACUGACAGAUACCAGCCUAGAAUGGAGAAUGGUGUUUGUGACCAGAGUGCCAAAAGUGACAAUUUAAGAGCAGGAAUUUGGCUCUGACUCAAUUUGGAAUAUGGGAGGUAAGGGACAGUAAGCACAAUGCCCAGUAGAGGUUGGUUUCCAAGAACCCUAGAGCCCUACAAAUAAGUAGGCUUAGGGUCAUAUGCCCACAAGGAGCCCCUCUGACCUACAGACCUUUCCCCUAAGUUUCCAUGUCCUUGUUUUUGUUCAAGUUGAGUUUUGAGGCCUCCCUAAAAACCCAUUGUUUUAGACCCUUGGCAGCCCUGCAAGCAGCCUCCCUCAUACCCAUCCUUCCCUCUGCCUCCUGCUGCCCCCAUGGGCAGUGCUCUGAGCAGUGACUUCCCUGUCAUCCAUGGAAGUAGCUGGUGUGAAUUUCACCCCACCUAACCUGGGUCACCCUUACCGAGAGGGUGACUGAAUUUCAGCCUGAUUAUGCCCUCCUGGGCUCCUGUCGGGUAGAGCCAAGGGCCCACCUCUGUUCCUGUUUGUUUUGAAAUACUGUUGUGUGUUUUGUAUCUGUGGCGCUGCCUACAGCGUACUCUGUACAUAUUGUAAAGAAACCAUUGGAGUAAUUUUCUUUCUCACUGGGCAGGCGCGGCCUGCAUUCCUGCCCCUUGCACUUGGUUCUGUAACAGAGAGGAGGAACUUCUGUCUUAGCCGGGCAGCCCUGGGUUCUGCAGGAGGGUGCAGCUUUUUCUUUUCGUUUUUUUUUUUUCUUUUUUUCCUCAAAAAAGCACUUGGCUCUUUGGUUCUUAUAUCCAUAUCUCCCUUGAAGAGUAGGAGCUGCCCAGAAGAGCAGGCAAACACAGCAAUGGCAGAGUGGCACUGCCUUCUCCUGGUCCCCGCUCCUUGCUGGGUCCAGUCUUCCUUCCCUGAAAUAACAUGAAGCAGCAGCAGUGGAGCCCCUUGACAAGUGCUGAGAACCAUUUGCUCUCCACCUCCAGCCCCUCUGCAUGGAAGGAGAAACAUAGGUGGGCACUACCUGUGGGACCCAUAACCUGGUUGGGGGGAUGAGACCCUCAGCAAGGCUCGCCACCCCACAGGCAAAGGCUGGAGGCGUUUGCUGCUCAGGGCCCAGACGACCAGACCAAGCCGUCUCUGAGGCUCCUGCCUCACUCACUGGGCGCCCCACAGAGGCUAAGGGGAAGAAGAGCCUCAUCCCCAGGUAGGACAGCCAGGGCAUGGAGAGCUCUCUUUAGGAUUCAUGUCUCCUUUUUCCUUAUUUUAAGGUGUGCCAGUCCCCUUUAUCCCCUUUUCCUGCCUUGUACAUGUAUGUGUACAUGUAUGAAAUUUUCUUCUCUUUCCCCACUCUUUCCACACAUCUCAAGGUCAAAGAACCACACGCAGAAGGGUAAGAGGGCACCCUAUAAAAUGAAAUGAUUUCUUGAAUCUCUUCUCUCCAAGUUCCAAGGGGCUGUGGGAGGAUUUAGCUUAGGAAGUUGGGAUCUAAGACUGCAGAAGGGCUAGAGAAUAAUACUGUAUACAGGCUUUGAGGCCACUCAUGGCACUUACUAUCCCAUAAACCCUAUCGCCAUCCCGUUGUCUACUCUGAUGCCCCCGAGACUCAACUGGGCAGCUAGUUGGCCCCAUAAUUCUGGGCCUUUGUUGUUUGUUUUAUUACUAGGGCAUCCCAGGAAGCUUUCCAGUGAUCCCCUACCAUAGGCCCCUCCUGGGAUCAAGCCCCUCCCAGGCCCUGUCCCCAGCCCCUCCUGCCCCAGCCCACCCGCUUGCCUUGGUGCUCAGCCCCCCGCAUUGGGAGCAGGUUGGGGCGAGCUGGAGGCCCGGGCUGGAGGGGCAGUGUUGCUGUUCAUAGCUUUUGUUCCUUUGGCGUUGCUCUGUUGGAUUUAAUUUCAGUCUUCCUGAUUCUUCCCUUCUGUAAAGUGUACAUUACCAAGUUCCUUGUUUUUUUAUAUAUAUAUAUAAAUAUAUAUAUAUAUACAAACUGUACUCUUUUUGCCUUUGUACAUUCAGGCAAGAAGAGAAAAUAAAUCUUUUUAAGAGACAAUCACAAAUCUGUGAGGGCUGCUGGUUAUUUCUCCUGGAGUUUGCUGCUGAGCUGCCUCCUCCUCCUUCCCAACUUUUCUGUUCUCCCCCAGCUUUCCUGAUCCUCCCAGGCCUGCUCCGUACGCAUCCUCAGCUUCACAAACUUCCCCGGCUGGCGGCAAGCUGUCGAAUCCCGUGUCCAGACUACCUGCCCUGUAGCCCUUUUCUGCCCAGCACUGUUUACCGGCUUGGCCGCUGGCUUAGCCCAGGAGCUUUGUCCUGCGCCCUGGCCUCUCCUCUCUUCACCCUUAGAUCCUGUUCACCGAAGUGGCUUUGGACCCUUGGGUGCUCUGUACACUCACCUGUGAAACUAUGCAGCUGGGAGCUCUCUGCCUAAGAGUUUGCACUAUUUAAACCUGCCUGGGAGUUAGGACGGAUGGUUUGAGGAAUGAGUGGGAAACUUCCCCCAAUAUUGCCCCCACAUGCCAGCCUGCAGAGGGCUCCGACCCAGAGCCCAGAGGAUCCUUCCUGGUUGGACUCCUGUGGCUGCCCCAUCAGAACCAGGGCUAAGGGUUUAUGGGUCAGGAGCAUUUGAUCAGAAUUUCAAAGGGUGGUACAUUCUGAAAUAGCCCAACCAAACCAUUGUUUGGCCUCUUUCUCCUUUUCUCCUCCUUUUUUUCCCUUUCUCUCUACUUCUUCUUCUUAAUUGGCUUUGGAAUUGAAAUAUAUUUUUAAAUUAUUUGUUGUAUUUAUUGAAUAAAGUUUUUAAUGUCCCUGUU